CACAGCUGUGGGUUUCCUCCCACAGUGUUCGGGAUGGUGCCGUUCCUCAACUCCAUCCUGGGGACGAUGCUGCCCAUGCUGGGGAUGGCCAAGCAGGACCACAUGAAGUCUGUCUUCUGCUACGCUCUGCAGCACUUCAGCGAGAGCAUCCAGGAGUACGUGGCCAACCUGGACCAGGCCCCUGACCCCACGGUCAGGAAGGACACCUUCUGCAACGAGAUCUUCAGCGCCUACGAGGUGCUCUUCAACAGCUGGCUGCAGCACCGGGAGCCCAAGCUCCGGCUGGCGGUGGUGGAGGCGCUGGGAGCCAUGAGCUACCUGAUGCCCGGCGAGAAGCUGGAGGAGCAGCUCCCGAAACUGAUCCCGGCCGUCCUCUCCCUCUACAAGAAGCACACGGAGACCUUCUACAUCUCCAAGAGCCUCUGUCAGAUCCUGGAAGCCUCUGUCGACAUCGGCAGCCGCAGCCUGGACGUGCAGCUGGACGCGCUGCUGGGCACCCUGCACCCCCAGAUCUGUGCUCCCGCUGACCCGGCUGUGCCCCUGGCCGUCAAAAACCACACGGAGGUCCUUCGGUGUUUCACCGUGCUCGGUAAGGGGUGGUGUGACCCAUCCCAGGGGGGUGGUCGGGACCCCCUGCUUGAAAGGGGAGGGCUGGGGACGGUGGUCGAGUGUCAGAACUGGCUGACCAGGGAGGUGGUGGGGGUCACCAUCCCUAGAGGCAUUCAGUAAGCAGGGAGACGUGGUACCUGGGGACACAGUCAGUGCGAUGGGUUGGGGGUCUUGGAGGUCUCUUCCACCCUGAGUGAUUCCAUGGUUCUAUUUAGGGUCAUGGUGGGGUGGGUUAGGGUUGGAGUUGGGGAACUUGGAGGUCUCUUCCAACCUUAAUGAUUCUGUGGAUCUCUUUAAGGUCACAGUAGGGAGGGGUUGGGUUUGGACUGGAGGAUCUUGAAGGUCUCUUCUGACCUUAAUGAUUCUAUGGUUCUAUUUAGGAUCAUGGUAGGGUGGGUUGGACUUGAUCUGGGGGAUCUUGAAGGUCUCUUCCAACCUCAGUGACUCUGCAGUUCUAUUUAGGGUUGUCGUGGGGAUGAGUUGGGGGUUGGGCUUGGAGAUCUUGAAAAUCUUCUCCAGCCUUAGUGACUCUAUGGUUCUAUUUUGGGUCAUGGUGGAGGUGGAUUUUUGGUUGGACUGGAUGACUUUGGAGGUCUUCUCCAACCUUAGUGAUUUUAUGGUUCUAUUAAAGGUCGUGGUGGUGAUGGGUUGGGGUUGGACUGGGGGAUCUUGGAAGUCUUCUCCAGUCUUAAUGACUCUAUGGUUGUAUUUAGGGUCAUGAUAAGUGGUGAGUUUGGGUUGGACUGGAUGACCUUGGAGGUCUCUUUCAACCUUAAUGACUCUAUGGUUCUGUUUGGGGUCAUGGUGGGAUGAGUUGGGCUUGGACUGAGGGAUCUUGGAGGUCUUUUCCAAUCUGAACGGUUCUGAAGUCUGUGCUGGCUGCAGCCCUGCGGCCAGGCUGGAGGAAGCUCGGUGUGCCCGGAGCACAUCGUUUGCUGCAGCUCUUCGGGGCGCUGCUUGGGCCCACCUCAGCUCCCUAUGGGGCACAGCAGCCCCUCCCAGGGACCUAGGCUGGGGUCUGGGGUCAAAGCUUUCCUCCGAAUCUUAGAAA